AGGAAAAAGAAAGGAGAACCGCGCAAAUGGCAAAUCGGGCAGCUUCAGCGAUGAGUUUGCGGUCCCAGAUCAAAGAGAACUAUUUAACAUGUGCCAUAUGUUUCAAUCCGUUUGACAGACCGAAAGCCUUGCCAUGUUUACACACAUUCUGUCUAGACUGUCUACGAGAUUUUGUCACGAGUCGGGGAUACGAAAACAUGGGUAAGUUUCCUUGUCCCGUAUGUAGAGAAGACACCACUUUGCUACCACAAGGUGUGAACGGAUUUCCCGAUAAUUAUUACAUAACCAGUCUAAAAGACACGGUAGAAAAACCUGCACGACCUGCUCCGCCUCGUCCAGACGGCGAUCCCAUGGGUUUUGCUUCCCGACCCUACAACGCCUCAGCACCUGUGCCUACUAGACCCCCUGACCCAGUGCCUCCAAGACCCCAAGCCCCUGUCUCUAUUAGAUCUCCGACUACGGCUGAAGGAAACUGGGAACAGGUUCCAUCUAGUGGGCCUGAACUGCUAUAUCCGAGUGUUCCAGACAUCGCGAAAGUACCCGAAACACCCUCCCCUCCCUGUGAUCAGUCUGGACUACCAUGUACAGCAGGCAUGCUGCUCAAAUUUGGGAAAUGGGCUUCAACGAUAAAUGAUUUUCAUAAACCCUAUGGGUUAGCAGUCGGCAGGAAUGAUGAGUUUGUUAUCACGGAUCGAGGCACUGAAUAUGCUAAUAGAGUUUUAGUCUUUUCAAAAUCUGGUGAACUCCUAUCAAGAUUUUCUUGUUCAGGACAACAUACAAAAUUUGCCUGUGCUGCAAUGACGCGUGAGAACAAUAUCAUGGUCGCCAUCAACAAUACGCCAGGAAACGCCAUUAUGCAGGAGUAUAACUUUGACGGCAAAUUGUUAAAAUCUUACGGAGAAUUCUAUCGCCACGAUAAACCGAGUGGAAUUGCUAUUUCUUCCAGAAAUCAUGUUGCAAUAACAAAUCUUGUGGGACAUAAUGUUCUGCUGUUCACAGAUCAGCGGAAGUUCUCCACGAAAUUUGGCUGGAAAGGCUCGGGAGACAAUCAUUUCAUGUUUCCACAAUUUGUUGUUUUUAAUCAUAAAGACUACAUCAUAGUGAGUGACUCUGGAAAUGACUGUAUCAAAGUAUUUGAUUCAACUGGAAACUUCAAACGAAAGUUUGGUGAACCUGGAAGUGCUUCAGGAUGUUUAUCAUUACCAAUGGGCAUUGCAGUCGACGAGAGGAACAAUAUUAUUGUAGCAGAUGCAGGAAAUUUUCGUGUGGAAAUUUUUACAUCAAAGGGACAACACAUACGUACACUUGUGAAGGACACUGAUCUGAUCAGCCCAGAUGUGAAACCUUUAAAUGUUGCAGUAACUAAGGGAAACAAUAUUGCUGUUUUGUUCAGUGGGCCACAGUUCGCGGAAGUCAGAGUGUACAGUUGGGGUGGGGGAAGUUCAAUCUAGAAUCUUAAUAAAUAACGAUAGUGAAAUCUACACCAUCCUCUAAUAGAUGAGACAUUUGUGAUAUAUAUUAGAAUAUAGUGAUAUGUAAAAAGUCAAUAAUUAUUUAAAUCUGAAUAUUGAAGAUUUUGAAUUGUAAAAUUUUGAACUUUUGAAAUUGAACAUGCACAGAGUACUAAGGUAUGCAUUGUGCGUCAAGAUAAUUUUGUUGUCUUUUCAACCAGUUGUAAUGUUUGGUUAUAUGACGGCUUAGCGCCUCUAAUUUAGAGGUAUCUACUUAUCCCUCAGCAAGAUUUUGAUGGUUUUUGCAUAUUAAUGCUACUAAAUUGUAGAAGAAAUCCUUUUUUGUUAAUAAAAAAACGUCUUGAGCAAAAUUAAAUCGAUUAUCGAAUAAUAAAAAACUCAUAGGACAAUACACAAUAUUUUUCUAACCAUCAGUCAUCAGUGUUAACUGAAGAUGUUGAUCAGAUGGAGUGAAACAUUUUCAAUUUUCUGGACAAAAAAUUACAAUGUAACAUUUACUGUUUUUUAAGAAUCAGCCAAUUUUCAAAAUUAUAACUCAGUAUGUGAACACAAACGACUGUAAACAGAUGUGAUAUAUCCUUUAUCUGCUGUAAAUUAACUGGAGUUAUCUUUGAAAAUACAUCAAAAACAAUUCAAAAAUAGGUAUACAGUGUUAUUGUUCAGACAGUAAAUGUCAUUUUCUGUACAUAUUAUAAAUCUCUUUUAUGUUGUAAAAUCACAGUUAUAAAUAUUUCCAUGUUCUGAAGUAAUCCAAGGGAUGGCCUGCCUUAUAGUUAGAUGUAAAGCGUGAUGAUUGGCCAAACCACUCUAGCUCAUCUUCUUUCUAAACCUAAAUCUUACGCUUUUUUGCUACUACUGUAAUGGAGUAUUGUCAAAUAUCGUUUGCACUACAUGUAAAAAUUUUAGUUUAACUGUAAUUAUGUAAUCCCUGCCAUAUUUUACAGUUUAGAGUAAUUAGAAUAAGUUCAAUUUGCAGAUCUUGUCAAGGUCAAAAAUAAAUGAAUGAUUUUGGAUACCGGUACCUUUUCAAGUCAAACUUCCUGCUGCAACCUACCUGUAUAUCACUAUUGGUCCAUUACACACUACCUUGAUGAGUAAUCAGUAUAUAUGACCUUAAUGUCUCAGAUUGGUGGUCAUCUACUAUAUAUACAUGCGACAUCUCAAGUUUCAUAUAUGCAGAAGUUACAAGUAAAAUUGUAUUCAUGUGAUUUAAUAAUUGUACUACACAUUUUUUUUUUACCCCGAAGAGUGUAGGUUUGUUACAAGAUCUUAAUCCAAUUAAACAACAUUAUUAACGCCUUUUCCUAUUAUUACGCUUGUAUAGCAUUAGAAGGCUUUACAAAAUUGAAUUUUACAUGAAACAUUGGCAUUGUUGAGAGAAAGAGAGAGAAGUUGUAAAUCAGUUGACUUUGUUGAAGUUUUUUUUUCUUUUACACUGAAGUAACUCGGCUGUAAAAUUUAUAUCAUAGGCUAUUAUUAGAUAAUAGAAGGUUAGUGAUUUUGGUCCUAAAAAAAUGUCCUCAUGUCUUUCUCAUGCUGAAAGACUACAUGAUGUUUAUGGUACAUUAAUACUGUAGGAUUUAUAUGAACCUCAGAAUUAUUAAAAAUUCAGUGGAAUGAAUGCAUACUGAGAAUGUUAUCUACAAUGUAUGCUUAAACGAGAUCUUUAACAGACAAAAAAGGCACAAUUUUGCCCUGCAUAUAUUUGCCAGGUCUUCAUAUAUAAUUGUAAAGAAAGACUUCUAAACAUCAAAAUAAAUGUUAGUUAAGUUUCAUUUGAUGAAUCUUCAUUCUGUUUUCGAAAUUCUAGACAUGGCCCUUUUUUAAUGAUUUGGUGACAUUACUCAAAUGGUUGUGAUUUUCUCAAGUUUUCAGCCCACCAUCAUUGGAUCAGGUGGAUUAUUCAAGUCACUCUACACCCAUAAACAAUUUUUUUAUCGUUGAUAUUUUUGGAGAAGUACAGGAUUGGUCUCUCUCAAUUUUCAUUUGUGGGUUCCCCUUGGUCUGUAGUUGUGCCGGUGUGAUUUUUGGACUGAUGAGAAAAUCAGAAUGGCCGACAAGUGGCCAUCUUGGAUUAUGACUAUGAAAGUUUAUUACCACUAUUUCUUGAGAAGUACUGUACGGAUCAUUUCCCUCAAGUUUAAUUUGUAGGUCCCCUUUGUCUGUAGUUGGCCACUUUGAUUUUGGGACUGAUCAGAAACAAGAAAUGGUUGACAGGAGGCCAUCUUAGAUGUUGACAAUGACAGUUUGUUAUCACUAUUUCUUGAGAAGUACUGGAUGGAUCUUUCUCUAAUUUCGUUUCUAGAGUUCCUUUGGUCCUUGGUUGUGAGGGUUUGAUUUUGGAGCUCAUCAGGAUAACAAAAUGGCUGACAGACAGCCAGUUUUGAUUUUGACAAUGAAAGCUUCUUAUGUCUAUUUUUGAGAAGCACUGGAUUUUGGGACUGAUUAUAAAGUAAACAAAUGUGGCUGACUGGUGACCAUCUUGGAUUUAGCAUUAAAGAUUAUUUUCACUAUUCCUUGAGAGGAAUUUUGAAAUCUCAUAUAACUACAAAUGUAAGAACAAAAAUAGUGGAGAAGAGAAUAUGGAAAGAUUCAAUUUUUGAAGAAUAAAUGACAAUCAAUUGAUGGUGCCCAAUAUCCCUUUGGGGUCUCUUCUUAGUAAUAGGUUGAACAUGCUAAAUUCUGCAAACUAAUGUAUAUAGUAAUGAAACAUUAACAGCUGAUUUGUUGACUUGUUGGUAUUGGUGUGUAAUGAUAUAAAAUUUCGUUGCCAUUUUUUGUCUUUCCUUUUGUUAUUUUUUUGUCAUAUUGCCGACUUUCAGUUCAUAAAUGAUGAGUUACUGGCAAUGUUAAAUAGAUAUUUUUUUGCCUAGGAUUCAUUAUUUUAGUAGAAAACAUGACAGGAUCGUUGUGAAUCAUUUAUUUUUUAUCAGAGACAAAUCAAAUACUUAAAUACUGUAGAUAUAUUUAAUUGAUUUAUUUUACAAAUUCAAACUGAUGCAAGUUUCCUGGUAGUGGUAUUUUUAAGUGCCUUAAAAUCUUUACAUUUUUAAUUCACUUGUAACUGCUGAAUCACUUAAAACUUUGUCUUUGUCAGGACAUAAAAUAAUCUCUUGUCUAAAAUGAGAUUUAAAAAGCUGAUACCAUAUAAAUAAAAACUAUUUAUCAGAAGGAUGAUUGUGCCACAAUGCAGAAGAAUAGGAAACAAAAAAGAUAGAUAUAAACAAUCACUACUGAGUGAUGUAGACAAAGGUAUCUUGACCUGUUAGUUUUAAGGUUUUGUCCAAGGAGUGACUAUUGUUUAAGUUUGAAAAUAUCAUACAAUUGGUCAAGAUAACUCAGUCCACAUAACACAGAAGUGACAGAUUCCUCCUGCACUUUCCAGUUGUAAAAUGGAUUUUAUAUCCCUGUCAAGAACUAUAUAUACAUAUAUUAUUUAAACCAUCAUCAAUGGAGUGUGUUGAAAUUGAUCAGUUCCAUUAUCUAAUUGCAAUAUUGUUGAACCACAUAAAGUGAACUGUCUGUAUUUUAGUGAAAGAUUGAUUUAUCUUGACCUUCUUACACCUGAAAAGUGUGGAAGAAAUUCUCAUGUGGUUCAGACACGUAAAUGUUCAGAAAUAAUGGUAUAAUGAAGUUACUGCUAAGAAUUCUGUGAAUUCCCUGUACUGAUGUAGUUAUGUGUCUUUGUAUUUAUUUGAUGGUUGUUUUUCAUGUUCAAUAAAUA